AUGGUUCGCUGGAAACAGACACGGCCGAACGGCUUUCCUCACCUCAGUAUGGGAAACCCUUCCAGCGAUAAGGCUUCACAGCCCAUCGGAUCAUCCUUUCAUACAGCAUGGCAAUCAAAUGGUAUAUGGGGAAGCACUAUCGGAGGCUCCUUAAAUUCGCGCCGGGACGUAGGAACUUCCAGAGAAUCAGAAGAACAUUCCCCUAGCACGACGUCGGGAUCCGCGCAGCUGAACUCGCAUUCUCAAGCCGCACCGUGGGUUUCACGAGGUGGAAUAUGGAACCAGCCAGGUGGUGCGCAUCAAGGCUCAUCAUCAUCUGGGAGUACGUCGCCAACGCGAACGAGGGAUGGUUUCCAACAUACCUUCCCUGAAGUCCCGAGCAACUCUCACAUCUUCCCCUCCCGCUCUUCAGUGGGUCAGAAUGGAUCAACGCCUGCCACCAGGACGAUGGCACCUGGUCCCUCAGAACCCCCAGCGCCUUUCAAAUAUCUGGGAGGAUUUGGUGAUUCCCUUGGUGGUGAACGGGGAAGCUCAAACCUGUACACCUCAAACGGCAACUCGCAGCUAGAACUUGAAAACCCUAACCUAUACAGACGCAACUCAAACGAUCCAACAUUCCUCCCACUCGGACAUAGCCGCCAGAACACACUAGCUUCACGGCAACUGGAGACGGAUGGGCAAACUCCCUCGCAUCGUUACGGAGAUAAUUCACACUAUCCAUUUACUAAACUUCCAGCCCACACGAAAUCACAAGUUCAGCGUCCUUCUAUCUCUAGCGCAUCUGUCACGCUACCACCAGAGCAGGGCCGCUCUAAUGCAUUCGCAUUUGGGUCGGUAGACGCUUCAGGCCAUGAUCUCGAGGAGACCUUUAACAAUGCUCUCACUUUAGAAGACAGCUCUGAGGCCGCGAACGGCGGAUACGUAACCAACGGCCACUUCAACCCCGCCAGCCAACCCUUCCAGUUUAAUCCUGGUUCGCAACCUUGGCAACAUGAACUAGGAAACAACUCGAGAGCGUUCGGCCAAAACAUGCAGGACACCUGGACAGAGCCGCUUGGCACCUCCCUCUAUAAUUCUCGGAGGGGUCCAGGUGAGAGAGGAUCACCUGCUGGAAGUGGUGGUUAUCGUCCCAGCGUGAAUAGUCCGAGAGCUUUCUCGGGAACCCCAAACCCAAGGGCUGAUCCGUGGAGCAGACCAGGCUCGCGAGACCCAAGGGUACUACAAGAACUUAACCGAACCCAGCAUGACUCCCAAUACCUGCAGCAACAAUCUGGUUUCUACCCUCCUAAUUACUACAAUGGCCUGUCACAGUUCUCAGCCCCUUAUGACCAGUAUGUGCAGAACCCGAACCUGCGCUCCCAGGUCCAGCUUCCGGGGCAGGGAUACGGUCUACCUAUGAACUACAUUCCCGGCAUUCAAGUUCCCCUGCGACCUAGCAGAGACCAAGAUCCUGGGAAGGGUGUCCGUAGCGUGCUUCUUGAGGAGUUUCGAAGCAACGCCAAGUCCAAUAAACGCUACGAGCUCAAGGAUAUCUAUAACCAUAUUGUUGAGUUUAGCGGCGAUCAGCACGGCUCCCGAUUCAUCCAGGAGAAGCUUCAAACCGCGAACAGUGAUGAAAAGGAUCAGGUCUUCCGAGAAAUCGAACCCAAUACCCUCCAGCUCAUGAAGGACGUCUUUGGCAAUUAUGUCAUACAAAAAUUCUUCGAGCAUGGAAACCAAGUCCAGAAAAAGAUCAUCGCGGCCCAGAUGAAGGGUAAGGUUGCAGAGCUUUCAACCCAGAUGUAUGCGUGCCGUGUCGUACAGAAGGCGCUCGAGCAUGUGUUGGUCGAACAGCAAACUGAAAUCGUAGAGGAACUCAAACCCGACAUCAUGCGAAUCGUCAAGGACCAAAAUGGAAACCACGUCAUCCAAAAGAUCAUCCAAAUGGUGCCCCGCCUCUGCAUUCCGUUCAUCAUGGAUGCCUUUCAAAGCCAGAUCGAAUCGUUAGCCUCACACAACUACGGCUGCAGAGUGAUCCAGCGAAUCCUUGAGCAUGGAACCGAAGAAGAGAAGACGAGUCUAAUGACAGAUUUGCAUGGCUGCGCUGCAAGACUUAUAACUGACCAAUACGGAAACUACGUUACCCAGCAUAUCAUCGCACAGGGUGAACCGGAAGACCGACAGCAAAUCAUUCAACUUGUCCUUCAGAAACUAAUUUUCUUCUCGAAGCACAAGUUCGCAUCCAACGUCGUUGAAAAGUCCAUUGAAUAUGGUAGCAACGAGGACCGAAAGGCCAUCAGAACCCAGCUCACCGCCCUACACAGUGAUGGUACUAGCCCACUCCAGCUCAUGAUGAAGGACCAAUUCGGGAACUAUGUGAUCCAAAAAUUGAUGCAACAUUUGGAGGGCCCAGAUCGCGAAACCUUUAUUGAGGAGAUGAAACCUCACUUCGCCAACCUAAAGAAAUACAGUACUGGGCGGCAAAUCACAGCUCUAGACAGAUUGAUGACCGCCAGCUCUAGCUCUGCUACUGCCUCUACUAGCCCUACUACACCUAGCUUACUCGUCGAGGUCAACUCGGCUGCACCUACUCCAUCACUCACCAUGGAGCAAAACAGCCCAGAGAGUACCAGUCCACCAAGUACCAAUGCUAGUGUGGAAGAUUCUCUGGACGAGAAGAACACCAAGGCUUCCAAGCUCAGCCAAACUUACCGAACGGUUGAGGUUAAUGAAUCGUAA